AUGUUUUCGGGACUUUUGGCUUUUGCUCAAUUGCCUGUUGGGAAUUCAGCCCCCAACUGCCCUCUAAUCGGACCUGAAUAUCCUCCCCCUCGGCAUUUAGCAACACAUCCAAUCUGGAAAAGGGCAAUAGACAACAUCACUAACAUUUUUAAUUAUCUCGAUUCAGCGCCUGUUUCAGGCGUGGACGAUUUCUCGUACUCUUUCCAGAUCUUCUCUACCAAUCCCGGCCGACCAAUUCUAUGGGAGCGGUAUCGCACAGCACCAGAUUUACCAGAUGACACGGUGGGAGUGAAAAAGGUGGACGGAAAAACAGUGUAUCGCCUCGGGAGCGUAUCGAAACUCAUCACAGUGCUAGCAUUUCUAGCUGAAGUUGGUGAUUAUUACUGGAAUAUGCCCAUCACUGAAUUCAUUCCGGAGCUUAAAAAAUAUGCCAACCGGCCUACUUCGCAUAGUUUCGAUAGUGUAAGAGAGACAGCAUGGGAAGAUGUGACGAUCGGAGCUCUGGCUUCCCAAGUGUCGGGAUUGGGCCGUGAUUAUGGCAUUCUCGGUGAGCUUACACAGACGGAAGACGCCCCUCAGCCUUGGGAAGUAGGGUUCAAUUCACUACCUCUGCAAGCAGCACCGCCUUGCGGAGCAUGGCCGCUGUGUACAAGAGAAGAAUUCUUCAAAGGGUUAGACGUCAUGUAUCCUUCUUACCCGCCGUGGCAGACGGCGACAUACUCGGAUGUCGCUUACCAACUGUUGGCCUAUGCACUUGAGAGUAUAUCUGGAAAGUCGUUCAAGGACAUACUGGAAGAGCGAAUCAUAAAACCAUUAGGCCUCAAUCACACAUACUACGAGUUCGCGCCUCCUUCAGAAGGGAUUAUUCCGGAUAGUCUGCAAAGUUCGUACUGGAGCGUCAGUCUUGGUGAUGCGAGUCCUGGCGGAAAUAUGUAUGCUUCUGCUUAUGACCUCUCCACGAUUGGGCGCGCCAUCCUAUCGUCUACUCUCAUCAAGCCAUCGAUGACCCGACGAUGGCUUAACCCGGUCACCUUUUCUGCAGACUUCCUAGCAUCGAUUGGUGCACCUUGGGGCAUACGACGGAUUCAGCUUGCUAAAGAAACGCAACCUUACCGUACCUUGAGUGUGUUUACGAAAGCAGGAACUUUCCGAAAAUACACUUCUUUCAUCACACUGUUGCGGGAUUUCAAUAUUGGAUUUACCAUUAUGAUGUCAGGCACUUCUACUCUGACCAAUUUUCAGGUCGCCGAUAUUCUUGGCGAAUCAUUGAUACCGGCAUAUGAUGCAGUUGCUCGUGCUGAAGCAGAAAAAUUGUACAGUGGCAUUUACGUGAGUAAGAACUCCUAUCUGGUCAUCAGCACAGACCCAGUCAAACCCGGACUUGGGGUUGGCACAUGGUUUAGCAACGGUACGAACAUGGUCGAAACAGCGAUUAUGUUGCAAUCCGGAUCUCUUCCCAGUUUAUUUGGUACCGAGGCACGACCAGAGGCCCGGCUUUACUACACACAACUCGAGACCAAGAACUCUGAUGGAAGCAAGCGACAGAGUUGGAAAGCCGUAUUCGAAGACACAGGUGGUCCGAGUCCCAGCGCGUCACUUUGGUCCACGGGUUGUGGCUCUUGGGUAGGCAUCACGGGUGUCACUUAUGGAUCAUUGCCUUUAGAUGAAUUUGUAUUCAAUAUUGACAGCUCUGGCAAGGUAACCAGUGUGGAAAAUUUGGCUCUCCGAUCAAAGCUAUAUAAGCUCUAG